AUGAACCAAAACAACAUAAGCAAAAUUAACGAAAGACAGGACCAUCCACUCGGUCCUAAUUACGAUGGGUCCCAAGCUGCCAGCCAAACAGUUUGGAAUUUAUACCAAAAUUUACAAAAUUUAAGCCAUUCAUCGCAACUCACUGCAAAACAAGCCCAAAUUUUAGCGGCAUUUAAGUUUUUUUUAGGCGAUGAAAUCCCCUGA